UGUCGGCUGGUAUAAAAUUCUGAUCCAUUAAGGAUUGUCUUCCUCAUUCUCUUUGUGGAUGCGAACGACGAACGAUGUCGGCUCAUGUAGUCGCCACAUUAACAUUGUGUCUUAGUGUAACGAGACUGCAGGACACACAUGGUGAAAACAUUGCUUUCCGUAAACUUGCCAAACAGAGUAGUACUUAUCAAGGAAAUACUGCAAGCCGGGCCCUUAAUGAUACACACUCCACCACGGGGUCGUUAACAAGCGAUACCAAUCCUUCCUGGUGGGAGGUGGACCUGAGAGGUUACUUUGAUAUCAGCAACAUCACCCUCACAGCAGCAAACAACGGAUGGGUUCAACACAUGAGAAAUGCCUACGUGGAAGUGAUGGACAAAAAUGUCAGCCUCUGCUCUGACGCCCAGGUGGAGUGGUGUGGGAAUGUGUCAAGCACUGUUACCAAGAAAGAGAAAUUCAUCUUCAUCUGCAAUGCCACUUUCCCCAUUCGCUUCAUCCGUGUCACAAGGCGUUCUACAGAAAACAUCCGUUUGAGUAUCGGACAUGUUGAUGUUCAAGGUGUCGGGGCUACGAAGCGAUAUCGAUCCUACUACACGCCAACGACGGGGAGGAAGGUGACCAACCCAUCCAUGACUACAUCAGCCAUAACAGCAGGAGAAUGUGGCAUCCAUUGUCACCGAAAUCAUUCAUGCAUCGACUUCAGCUACAACAAAACUGCGUCGACCGAAUCCAACUGUCUGCUAACCUACGAGGUCGUGCCGCAGAAUUAUGUGGCAAGUAAUGCCUGGACCAUGUACACCAUGGAUAACUGUCUGUAAAUUCUUUACCAUGUUUACAGUCAUCAAGUGGACACAAAUACAAUGCAUGCUAGAGCAGCUAUGAAAAAUUACUUAGGUGUCCCACUUCUUUUGCAUUAGAUCUCGAAUGUAACAAAUUAUAAUAGGUUUAAAAGCCGGCAUAUCAAAAUCAAUAUUUGCAGUGACAAUAUGGUGUUUUAAAAGAUUACACUUGUCAGCAUCAGCAAAAACAAGGGGCCAUAAUCCAAGUUAGAAUGUAUUGGCAACUUAUAUAAGCGGAGAAGGGUUACCCGAUUCAAAUUGGGUCGACUUUCAACAAAUCAUAGUCAAAGUCAAAUGAGUUUUUUAGUCAUUUGGUCUUCAUUUAUUGCAUGUUGGAAAAACGUUUAUAUCGCAUUUCUACCUUCAUCAUCUGACUUGGAGUACCAUCUACAACAUGUCAGUGUCUUUGUAGGGUUUAAUGUUUCAACAAAAUUAUACACAUUUUCUCUUGGUCUGAGAAGAUGUAAAGCCAUACUCAAAUGAACAAUUACGAAUUUUAUUAAGACAGAGCUGUACUUGUCUUUCAAUGGCAUGUAUAGUCUCACCACGACAUGAAGUAUUACAAUAAUCCACAAACAAAUCACCAGCUAUCCCGUCAUUUGAUACUUAUGAUAGACUAUUGAUUUUCAUAUUCAACAAAGUGACAGACAAAAUACUGCCUUGUGGAUCCUGAUAAUUAUGGUCAGACACGGUUGAUAAAAAAUGGCAAUCGUCUGUUAAACUCUACGAUAUAAAAGAAGGCAAACUGACAGCAUCUUAAUAUUUUACAAUACUAAUCUUCCAUGUAGUAUUUAUUUUAAAAACAAGAUUGAUACAGCAUGCUGAAUAUUUAAAAUGCCGUUGAAAUUUUAAUGAAAGAUUCUAACCAAACCAAAUGUUCAAUGAAAUCAUUCCAGCCAGAGUGAGUGAGUGAGUGAGUUUAGUUUCACACCACACUCAGCAAUAUUCCAGCUAUAUGGCGGCGGUCUG